AUGAAGUGCACUUUAACAUUUCAACUUGGAGGGUUGAAAAUUUCAUCCGGAACUUCCACCACGAAAUCGACAUUUGCGCCACCAAGUUUAACCGUCAAAAUAACUCAACAAAAAAAAGGAAACAAAAUUAUGACAAAAAGGGAUGAAAUUGAAAUUAUGAAAAUUUCGUGGUGUCAAAGAAAUUGUGUGAAGGCAACAAGAAAAAAAAAGGAAUCUGCCAGGGUUAGAAGAAGAGAUGAGAACAAAGAUUCCAAACGCAGAUCCAUCAUCUACUAUGGCACUCAUAAAAAACCGUUCUUGCUUCCAACACUUUCGAUAAUUCUCUUCAACAUAGAAAAAAAAGGAAAUGAAUAUGAAAAGGUGCAACAGCCAAUACCUUGA